GUGAUGUCAGGAUUGCACAGUGUUCCGGCAGAAUAUGCCAUCGUAAUAAUGACCCUUGGCGGACUUAGCCGGGAGUUUCAUAUAUCUUGCGUUCCGCAGCGCUUUCAUCCCUGCUGUUCCUCUGGUAGAGUAUCGUCUCUAAUGAUACAGCAUGUCUAAAUCCUACACAGAUAGCGGAGGGGGCUCUCGAUCGCUCCCUACGCUUCGGGAGAUGGUCGAUACCGUCUCCCUUGAAUGUCCCGCCAGGCUCGGGAUAUCCGCCAAGGAGCUUCAGGCCAAGUCUCCGACUAUUGAUGACUUCUUCGACGCCAUUGCCGCCGAAAGGCUGCGGCGCAUGCCUGCCGAUGGUAGUCGAUUAGAUGGCGCGCUAUGUCGCGCGUCUCGUCUGGCCUUCGCCGUGGGCUCCCUGCGAGACUCCGUCGUCUCGUUCAUGAGCGGGGCCGACGAAGCUACCUCCAUGAUCUGGGGUGCAACUCUACUCCUGCUCGAGGGAGGCAUUGAGCAUGUCGAUACCCUGGAUAGUGUCUUCGGCCAGUACGGUCGAGUGACCUUGGGCAUCUCCCUGCUUCUGCAGCAGGAGUCCUACUUCCAAACCUCUCGUGCGCUCCAGCAGGAGGUUGCCUUGAUCUAUGCCCAUUUGCUUCAACUCGUGGUUCAUGUCGCGAUGGAAACCCGUCAGGGUGCGCGCACCCAGAACUGGUCGGUCAUGGGAGAAGCGGUCAACACCAACUUCUUCCGCUACUUCAACAACUUCGCUGCCCACUGGCGCAAGAUGUCCAGCCUCGUCCUAGAGUCUGACACCACGCAUACCCCUGCAAUCGAGCUAGAAUCGAUCUAUCAGUUCCUCGAGCUACAGGACCGUCCACUACAAACUCUGCUGGAGGGUAACGGCCACUCCCUGGUGGACGGCUCAUUCGCCUGGUUCGACCCUCAUCUGACCACUUUCGCCCUGGGCCGCCGCAACCUGAUGCUGGUCUCCGGCAAUCCCGGAAGCGGAAAGAGUGCGCUGGCUCAGUGGACGACGGAAAAGCUGCAAGUCUCGUCGGAGUUCGACAUCUGGAACGCCAUCGGCGUGUCGAUCCGUUCCGAUGUCCCCAUUACCACGUUGACCCUGAGUACUCUCAAGAGUGUCUUGGUCCAGAUGCUGGAUCGCUGUGCCAGUAACCGCAUGGCCCAAGAGUCGAUCAUCUCCGAAGUUGCCACUGCGGUCAACUUGGCCGUCCGCGGAGCCUCCGAUGCUCAGGUAGAGGAGCAGCUCUGGGUCGCCGUCAAGGCCGCGAUGCGGUCCAACGUCCAUUUCAUGCUUGUAGUGGAUGGGAUUGACCAGCUCAAGCACGCAGACUCAACCGUGUCGACCUUUUUGCAGCAGCUGCAAAGCACCGUGUCGCAACGGAACGUCCCGUCCAAGCUCAUCGUCUUCAGCCGCCCGCUGCCUGCCUCCCAGCUGCCCGCUCGGGACACCAGUACGAUGGAACAGAUCGUGAUGGACCCGGCAACCACCCAGAAUGACCUCCUCACGCACAUGGGCGACAUGAUGGCAUCCGACGCGGCUUUCUCGGGGCUAGAUUCCUCCCAGCGGGAGUCGCUGGCCGCCGCUGUGGUUCCCCGUGCGCAGGGUUGUUUUGUCUGGGCGCAGAUGGCCAUCGAGGCUGUGCGCCACGAGAACACUUUCAACGAGAUGUUCUCGACUCUCCAAAAAGCCCCGAACACGCUGGGUGAGCUGAUCGAUAGCCACAUUCGCAACACUAGCUUGAACCGUACCGGGACGAGUUCCUUGCUGUCCUGGCUGGCCGCAGCCGAACGGCCCCUCCGUGUUCAGGAAGUCGAGCAGUUGCUUGCAGUCGAUGAGCACACAUACAGAGUGGGCCCUCGCCCAUCCAGAAUCGACCGAGACGUUUUCCUGCCUUUGUCUCGCUUGGUCGCUGUGCGGGACGGCUUUGUCGGUUUCCGUCACCCCAUGAUCCGGGAGCAUAUUCAGGCGCGCGCUCAGAUGCACCAGCACGUCCCAUUCAACUUGACCGAUGGCCAUUACAGUCUCUUACUCCACUGCCUCGCCUGGGUCCGUUGGUCCGUGCCGGAGGAACCGGAAGUUGCCUGGGAUAAGCUCAACAUCAUGGCUCGUGAUCGCUACCUGGACGCCUAUGUGCUCCUCGAGUAUACCUCCCGGUACUGGCUGUCGCACAUGCUGGCCUCGCCCGUGGCAUCCACCUCGCGCGAGUUCAACUUCACAAACGCGUUCCGGCGUGCCAUGCCGGAGUCAGCGCUCUUUGCCCGAAUCGAGCUGACCAACAAAGAGUCGCAGUUUAGCCGCUCGAGUAUCGUCGAACUCUACCGCCUGUCGGUUGCCGUGCGCCGCGGCGUGCUCGGUGCCGACUCGCCUGCCCUGCUCCAGAGCUUGAUCCUCAGCGCGCGUGCUGCCGAUCUCGCCAAGACAUCCUGGGCAAAUGACCACCUUUUCGAGGCGUGGACCCGCAGCCGCAAAUUGCUGGGCAAUACCAAUGCAAUCACCCAAUCUCUGGAGCAGAUGCUGGUGGCCACCCCGGAAGGCCGAGGCAAGGCUGACCGGACUGCCGGUCUCAGGAGCGAUGCCCUCCGUGAUAUGAUCUUUGCCAACUGGGACUCUUCUGAUAUCAGCUUCGCGCAGCGGCUGCAGUAUCUCGACCGACUGGUGAAGACCUAUCAGGAGGAUAACGAGCACGAAGCUGCGUACCAAUCGUCCCGGAGGUUCUACAAGCAGACCCAGAGCACCUAUGGCCCCCAUUCUUCUGAAACGAUGCAGGCGGCCAAUUUCUUGACGGAACACUUCACCAUCGAGCCCCCAGACGAGCUGGCAAUUGAUCUGGCGCAAACCAAGUACGAGACCAUGUUGCGUUCUAUGGACGCCUCGGAUCCUCGCCGGAUUGCCUACGCCAUUGCCCUGGCUCAGAUGUACGAGGAUAAUAAACAAGCCUCCAAGGCUGAUUCCGUGCUCUCCCGUCUCUGGUCUGGAGUGUCUGCGCGCGAGCUCGACACCAGCGCCACUUGGGACCAGAAGACCAGGGUGGCCUUCUACUACUCGCAGUUCUUGCGCCGUCAAGAUCGCCCCACCGAGGCCACUGCUGUUCUGCGGGAGCUUUCCGCCGACCUUGAAGCUGACGGCGGCGUUCGGUCUUCGGAAAUGGUCCAGCGUGCCGAAGAGCUACGCGAAGAGGCGCGCCAGAUGCGUAUGGACGACAUGGAGCGGGCGCUUUCCCUUCAGAUCUGGAAAUACUAUCAGUCUAGUGGCCAGGUGUACUCGACGGAGGCGGUUGCUCUGGCCGAGUAUCUGGCCAAGGACGUCAUCUCCAGCAAGGGAACCGUCCCCAACAUCAAUGCUUUGUCCGCGGAGGAGAGAGACCUUCUGCCGGCUUGGAUCGACUCCAUCGCAUCGGCGGGCAAUGACCAACAGACGGUGUCACUCAUGGGUCUCUGCCAUCAGUUGGCAAAUCUGCACAUCCGCAGCGAAGAAUGGCUCGAGGGCAGUGAGACUGCGCUCUCCGUGCUGAAGCACGUUUGGCCCUCGGUCGAGGAUCCUCACUCCAAGGCCAGAUUCCCCUCGGACCAGGCGCCGCUGAUCGCCACUCUCGCGCUGGAUCAUGGCUACUGCCUGUUCCGCCAGCUGAAUGUGCCUACCGCGACGAAUGUCUACGGCAAUGCGUUUAAGGCGUCUAUCACCGCCGACCAAGUGGCGGUACCGUCCGUCACCGCUGUCGUCAAGUCGGUCGUCGAGUUCUACGAGACGACCUUCCAGUUCGAUAAGGCCUUAGUGCUGCUGCACCAGGUCAGCGAAUUCUUCGCCUCCCGGCUCGGCGAGAACGACAAGCACACGAUCGACAGUCGGUACUACGAAGCUGACCUGGCUUUGCGACUCAACCGCCGCGAAGAAGCAAGCGACAGCUACCGCCAUAUCUAUCGCGCUUGCAUCCGUGACGGCAAGGUCACUACGUCCGGUGUGCGGGCUGCUGUUGCUCUGGUUACCCUAUACGAGCAAGACAAGCAGUACGACGCUGCUCUGCAGGUCUAUCGUCAUCUAUGGCCCACACUGGUGCGUUUUGACGAGAAGGAUGGGUACGACCGUGCUCUGCUCGAGGGUCUGCUCCCCAAGACCUACACCGGUUACAUGUCGAUUUUGGGUCAGAUGGACCAGCAGACAGCAUAUAACGAACGCUAUCAGAUCGCCUCGCAACAACAGCAGUUGUGCCGCAAGCUGUACGGGCCUACCAACAGUCGCACGCGCGACGCCACCCUGAGCCUUGCUGCGCUUUGUGCGAACAGCGACCGCCAUACCACUGAAGCCAUCAAUCUGUACCAUCAAGUCCUGCGGACCCCUGAAUGGGUGUCUUCUAGCGAGGCAUCGCACGAUCUGCCCGACAUGGCCGAGCCUCUACCGAUCAGUAUCAAACACCAGAUGGCUCAGCUGUAUCUCCGCCAGAAGGAGACCAGCCCGGAGGCUCGCGAGCUGUACCUGGAAGAGCUAGCCCUAGCCAAGCAGCAACAAGGCCUGUCCGCUCCUGCUACGCUGCUCUGGUUGCGUGAGCUUGCCAUGAUGUAUGUGUCUGAGGACACGACGUCGUCCCGUCGCCAGGGUUGCAACUUGCUGCAGACUCACGUCGACGAGAUUGUCCACGUCACGGCGAACCGAGAGACUCUCAUUGACCGGGCGCACCGCCUCGCCGAGAUCUACUUGGAAUGCGGACUCAUUGACGAAGGCAACACCUUGAUCAACGAGAUGCACCAGCACGUGAUCCACGACACUCCAGUGUCUCAGCGACAGGCCCUGAACGAAUACCGACCUGCCGUGUUCGUGGCCAGCUUCGAAGAGGUCUUCGGCAAGCGCCGCACCUUCAGCCAGAUCAUGGCUGACCUGUCGCGCGAAGGCCAGGUCUACAACACGUUCCAGCAGAGCCUGUCCAGCCACGACCUGAUGUCGACGCUUGCAGCAGGCGAGAAACUGCACCGCCUGCAGACGGACCAGAAGCGUUCCAUGGCCGCCCAGACCACGCAGGACAAACUGUACGAAUACUUCUGCAACAAUCUGUCAGUGUCGCAAUCUCUGCGCAGCAAGCAAGUCAUCCGCCAUUUCUACGACAUCUGCCGCCGUGAGUCCUUGCACGAGGACUACAACAUCAACAUUGUCACGAAGACCACGGGCUUUGUGCGGGAUCUGUGCGACAGCUCUCGCUUCCAGGAGGCAGCCGAUGUGACGAGCGUGUUCCACUCGUUCGUGCACCUGACGGAUGGUCUGAAGAGCACAGAGAGCAUCUUUACCUCCAUCAAGAUUUGUCUGUAUCUGAACGGAUACCAGACCAGCAAGUGCUCGAACGAGAGGACUGCCAAGAACAUGUCUAUGGAGUCGAAGAUGCUUCUGCAGGAGAUCAUGUCCAAUGCCAACGAGCUAUCGCUGGAGUUCUCUGAACUGCCGUUUGACGAACUCAACGAUGUCAUUACGGUGUUGGGUGAACACGAGAUGUUCGAAGACCUCGAGGUUAUCCUCACCGACCUGUGGACCUCGCGGAUGGUCCAAAAGACCUGGUCCCUCCCAGUCGUGGUGUGGAUCGGCCGCCGUCUCGUAGAAACCCGCUUCUGCCGCGGCAACGUCGCCUCAGCCACACAGCUGGGCAAAGACAUCUGCUACAACCUGCGCCAAGUCUGGGGCAACUGCGACCCCGUCACACUGGAGAUGUCCAAGCUGCUGUCCGGCCUGUACAACGCCUCGGGCAACUACCUUGCCGCCGCAGCACUGCACGAGUCGGCCCUAGCGGAGCUGCUCAACAGCGACGCAGACGACCAUCAAGCUGCCGUCACUGCCGUCACGCAGCACCUCGAGCUCCUGCAGCACACGCAGGCACGUCUGUCCCGACAAGGCCAGAGCGCCGCCGUGGACGCCCAAGCAGCCGAAGACCGCGUCAAGCUGGUCGCCACCAAGUUCGGCAUCUCGUCGUCCAAGCUCAUCGCAGCCGUCGACUCCAACAAAGACGUCGGAAUGUGGCAGCGUCCGCGCCGCUUCAGCCUCGACGUGGAGGAUCCCUCCGCGCACCAGAACCACCUGCGGCGGUCGAGUGGAGCCGCCUUGUUGAAUGGAAAUGCAGGCGGCGCGAAGCGCGUGUCUAUCACGGCGCUAUAAUAUUGUCUUAGUGUAAUCUUUGGUUUUGAUAUCUAAUUGUCGUUUUGAGUGUAAUUAUUGUACCUAUCUAAUGGUAUGC